AUGGACAGGGUCAGGGCCUUCGUCCGGGGAAAAGAUACAGCCAGCAAAGCUAAGGAGACGGAUGCCACACCCCGGAGGGUCGCUCCGGCUGCAAGGCCCCCUGAGAAAGGUACACCCUAUUCCCGGAAACCUACCUUUGAUAGAAUGUUGCAUGACAGGGCAAGGCCCUCAUACUCCCCCUAUAGACCUCGAGGGAGAGGUCCCCCUUCUUACUCCGACAGUUUCACCCCUCUCGUCAAGACUCCAAGCGAGAUACUAGCCACGGAGAGGGUGAAGAAUUCUUUCCCAAGGCCACCCCCCAUAAAGCCAGGACCAAAGGCACAACAGAAUGAAUACUGUGAGUUUCACAAGGGCUUCGGGCACAAAACCGAUGACUGCAUGUACCUCAAGAGAGAAAUAGAGGCCGCUGUGAAAACGGGGAGACUGGCCCAUUUGGUCAAGGAAAUCAAGGAAGGGGGAGGGGAUCGUAAGGGAAGAGAUGCAAGGGAGCCGGGGAGGGCAGACGUUGUUAUGGUUAGGAGGAGAAAUGAGUUUGAUGUUACCCGAAGUGUAAAGGCCAGGAUCCUAGGCUCCCCAAACUGCAUGAAAACUCCCAUCCUUAUGCCAUACUUAGAAGAAGGUGAAGUGCAACGACUCCCGCUGAAUAUCUCAGCUGUGGUAGCUGGACACAAGGUGUCUAGAAUACACGUGGACGGAGGGUCAGGCGUUGAGGUAAUAUACGAACACUGCUUCCUCAGAUUCGACAGGGACAUAAGAGAUAGGUUGGAGGAAGACUCUAUCCCAUUGGUGGGAUUCAACAACAGUGUGUCACAUCCCCUGGGAAAGAUCAGGCUCCCAUUUACAGUUGGUGUAGGGGAUCGGGUCUGGACGAUAAAUUUAACCUUCACAGUAGUCAGGGCACCCUCCAAGUACAACGCAAUCCUGGGAAGACCCGGAAUUGGAGAUCUGCAGGCACAAGCAUCCACCCCCCACGGGGCUUUGGUAUUCCAAACACCAAAGGGUCUUGCAUGGGUUAAGUCAGCCUACGAAGUGGUUUCUUCAGUAUCCAAAGGGGAGGAACCAGGGAGAUCCCAGGAAAGGAAGGUGGAGGAAUGGGUCCUCUGUGAUAAGUUCCCAGAACAAACAGUCAAGGUGGGGAGCCACUUAAGUGACAAGUGCAAGAGUGCCCUAAAGGAGUUACUCCUCCACAACCUAGAUGUGUUCGCAUUUCAACAUGGAGACAUGACAGGAAUUCCCAGAAGCCUGACAGAGCAUCGGCUCAACACCUUCACAUGGGCGAAGCCAGUAAAGCAAAAGAAGCGGAGUAUGGGACCUAACAAAAGAAGGGCUGCUUGUGAAGAGACUCGAAAGCUGCUCAGAGCAGGGAUAGUCAGAGAAGUUAAAUACCCAUCCUGGGUUGCUAACCCAGUUAUGGUUCAGAAAAAAGAUGGGGGAUGGAGGAUGUGUAUCGAUUUCCAAGACCUAAACAAAGCAUGCCCCAAGGACUGUUAUCCUCUCCCGGAGAUAGACACCCAGGUGGACUCUCUUUCUCAGUACCCCCUGAAAUGCUUCUUAGAUGCCUACAAGGGAUACCACCAAAUACAGAUGUCAAUAGAAGACGAAGAGAAAACCGCUUUUAUCAUAGAUGAGGGGACAUUUUGCUACACCAAGAUGCCCUUCGGUCUCAAGAACGCGGGGGCAACAUAUCAAUGGUUUAUGAACACCUUGUUUAGGGAGCAGAGGGGAAGGAAUUUAGAGGUGUACGUUGACGACAUUGUCAUCAAGAGUUUGACGGAAGUAGCCAUGAUAGACGACAUAGCCGAGACUCUCAACACCAUGCAGGAUGUAAACAUGAAGCUGAACCCUGGAAAAUGCUGUUUCGGGGUAGAGGAGGGAAAUUUUUUGGGGGUAGUAGUAACAAAAGGGGGAAUCAAAGCAAACCCGGAGAAAACCCAGGCUGUAGCCGAAAUGCGUUCUCCCAGGUCCCUGAAGGACAUCCAACAGCUGAACGGGAGGCUGAUAGCACUAAAUCGCUUUUUAUCAAAGGUGGCUGACAAAACCCUUCCCUUCAUGAAAGUAUUAAAAGACUGCCUCCAAACCAGCAAAUUCAACUGGACCACUGAGGCCAAAGCCGCCUUUCAGGAAAUGAAAACCUACAUAUGUAAGCUCCCGACAUUAGCCACCCCAAUGCCUGGAGACCCGUUACUCCUUUACCUAUCUGCCUCAAAGACGACCAUAAGCGCGGUCAUGAUGGUGGAACGGGAGGGGAAACAGAUCCACAUAUAUUUUAUCAGCAGAACACUUAAGGGGCCCGAGGAACGAUACAUGCCUCUAGAGAAACUUGCGUUGGCCCUGGUCUUUGCAUCUCGGAGGCUCAGGAGGUAUUUCCAAGGGCAUAAAGUCACCUUAGUGACCGACCAACCCCUUCAGAAAGUGCUUAGAAAACCAGAGCUGUCGGGACGACUGGCUAAAUGGGCUGUAGAGUUAGGGGAACACUCUCUGGAGUUCAAGCACGGAACGGCCAUGAAGGGACAGAUACUGGCUGAUUUCCUGGCAGAAGUCCCUGAGGACGAAGAGAGGGAGCUACUAAAGUGGGAGGCCUUGGAGGAGGAAGAGAGAAAAAGGGAAGACGAGGCUGUAUGGAAGUUGUUCACUGAUGGAGCAUCCAGUGAAGAAGGGAGCGGUGCAGGUAUCACACUGGUAGGCCCCGAGGGGGUCGGGUUGACAUAUGCUAUAAGGUUGGAUUUCGAAAACACCAACAAUACCGCCGAAUAUGAAGCCCUCUUAGUGGGGAUGAGGCUGGCACAGAAGAUGAAAGCGAAGCACGUAGAGGCUAGCACCGAUUCACAGUUGGUAGUAAAGCAGUACCAAGGAGAAUAUGAAGCCAAGGAUAGCACCAUGGCUCAAUAUGUGGCGAAAGUUAAAGAGGCAGCUAAGGCAUUCAGAACCUUCAAACUAGAGUACAUCCCUCGUGGAAGGAACAGGAAAUCCGAUGCACUCAGCAAGUUAGCUUCGGUAGCAUUCGACCAUCUCGCGAAAGAAGUGAAAGUGGAGGUCCUAACAUCCUCCUCCCUUAACACAGCGGAAGUUGCCACGGUUGAAGGUCCUCAAGAAACAUGGAUGACCCCAAUUAUCAAAUUCCUCCGGGACGGAACGCUACCCGAGGGGGAAUGGGCGGCCAGAAAGAUAAGGGUCAGGGCCCUACAAUAUGAACUGAUCGAGGGGGAGCUAUACAGAAGAUCGUAUCUGGGCCUGUCCCUGAAGUGUGUUGAUAUGGAGGAGGCCGAAUAUGUGAUUAGGGAGAUGCACGAGGGGAUUUGCGGAAUGCACUCAGGACCAAGAACAGUAGUGAGAAGGGCAAUGAACGCAGGGUUCUACUGGCCACGAAUGUACGAAACGACAUCUGAGGAAAUCAAGAAGUGUGUGCCAAGUACAUGCACCGAUGACCCACCGGCACAAACACCCCAUGGUGCCAGUCUCGACAUCUUGGCCAUUCCAGAAAUGGGCCAUCGACAUAGUUGGGCCUUUCCCGGAGGGUCCGGGAGGGGUCAAAUACGUGGUGGUAGCCAUUGA